GGCGGAGCCAUCUCCGGGACUCCGAGCUUGCUUUCCCAGUGGUGGAGCUACGAUGGCCACAAAGGAACUGGGGCGCUGGCCGGGUCCGCGGCGAGCCGAGGGUUAAAGGGGCGGAUCCUGCGGCGGGGGCGGGUCCGGGCUCGGCCGCACCUGGAGGCUCCGGCUCCCGCCCGACGCCUAGUGCAGCACCGGCAGCCCCAGGGGAACCGAGCCCCGGAGCAGCGGCACCCACUGCGGGAGGGCGACGACCGCGGCCGGGGCCACCUCGGGAGGCGACAUGGCCGAGUUCCCGUCGAAAGUGAGCACGCGGACCAGCAGCCCCGCGCAGGGCGCCGGCGCCUCGGUCUCGGCGCUGCGCCCGGAUCUGGGCUUCGUGCGCUCCAGCCUCGGGGUGCUCAUGCUGCUGCAGCUGGUGCUGGGGCUGCUGGUCUGGUCCCUGAUUGCCGACACCCCGUACCACCUGUACCCGGCCUACGGCUGGGUGAUGUUCGUCGCUGUCUUCCUCUGGCUGGUGACAAUCGUCUUCUUCAUCCUCUACCUGUUCCAGCUGCACCUGAAGUGGUACAUGGUGCCCUGGCCACUGGUGCUAAUGAUCUUUAACGUGACUGCCACCGUUCUCUAUGUCACCGCCUUCGUCACCUGCUCUGCAGCAGUUGACCAGACCUCCUUGAAGGGCACCCGGCCAUACAACCAGCGAGCAGCUGCCUCUUUCUUUGCCAGUCUGGUGCUGAUUGCCUACGGAGCCAGCGCCUUCUUCAGCUUCCAGGCCUGGCGAGGAGUGGGCAGCAACGCGGCUACCAGUCAGGUGGCUGGUGGCUACGCCUAAACCCUGUCUUGGCAUGCGCUGGCCUGCGGAGCUGCCGCUGCGUUGCAGCGCAGGGCCAUCAGCCAACCGGAGCCUGGAGCCCUGCACGGAGUCGCAGGGCUCUCCUCUGCCCCACGGACCGGCGCGCCCAGCACUCCCAGGGGCACAGGCCCACGUUGACAGGCAUGUGGCUGGCAAGAGCCAACGCUGGGAGCGGCUCCCCUUCCCCCUUAUUCAGCAGAAGGUGACGGGGGACGAGGGGCUCUCGCUGUCUCCGCCUUGUCUCAGAGGACUUCGAUGUGCGAGGCCAGGCCCACCCUGCUCACCAGCACUAACUGCACUAACAGACUCCAGCCCUGCGGCCCUCGGGCGCCACAGCGUAAGCUAACCAGCACACCUGUGUACCCUGGUUCCCGGAGCGCUGAGCAAGUCCAGGAACCAUUCCGAUUCCUUAAAACACCCUUCCAAUCCCCCUGCCCCCAAGCCGACAUGUCGCCUGUUGGGAGACAUAGGAAGAGUUAGGAUCUCAGACAUCCUGGUUAUUUAAUGCAAAUAGGUUCUACGGGAUUUCUUGAUGACAACCCUCUCCAGGCGCCCUCCCUGGCCUCAUUUGUAAUCCUCCCUUUGGGAAAAGCUGACACCAUGUGAUCACGUUCCCCAGGCUGUUGAUUAGGCAUGUGGGACAGGAGAAGGAGGGAAGUAGGCCCUCGCCUGGUGAGUUGUCAUGUGGUUGAUGGCGACUGUUUUUUUUUACAAAAUAAAGACAGAACUUAUUUGGAAACAAAGGAGCAU